CGCAGCCAAACGCAAUAUGGCAAAUUUGGAUACAUUAAUACUGUCAAAUAGCCCCAUAUAUCUAUGAAUUUUUUGCUUUUUUUGGUAUUUUCAGCGAGUAAUCUUCCCUAUUCACUGUGAUAUUUUAUUUAUUGACCAGAAGUCGACACAACGUUCUCCGGAGGAGAGUAUGGGGCACCGGUGCGGUUUGCACACGUCACGUUCGCCCUUGGCAUGAACAAGAACAAGGAGGCCAUCUUGGGCUGGGGUUGUCUCGAUAAGUCUCGUUUAAUGUACAAAUCCUCUGAAACUGAGGUUCCAGUUGGAAAUCAGGCACAAGCAGAGUGGAGAGGAUCUAUCUGUUUCGCUCAUAUGAGGACUUUUAGCGCCGUGGAUGUGCGGUGGAUCCGAAAGAUCUAGAUUGAAUAUACCGUGCAGUUAACCGCACAGGAGGCCAGGGAAGUCCGCCCGCCGUGGUGGCCCGUUGUGCUAGGCAAACGCUGUCAACCGGCCUCGUUUGAUUAUCGUGCCAAUUGGUUCGGAAAGUUCGCCGUGGAAUUCCUCGAAAGUGCACAAACUCAGCUGCGGGAAGAUAUGCAUCUUGGGUGGGGGAUUCUGUAGUGAUUGGCCAACUUUCCAGCGCCCCUCCACCCGUUGUUUUGCUAUUUUUGUCAGAGUGAAACGAAGUCGAUAGAAAUUGUGCUGAAUCCAAGAUGUCUGGAGGAAGAGCACCACUGCCGACUGUAAACGAACAGGAAAACGGCGAGACUGACCCGCCGGAGAGCUCCAGGCAGCUCCACAGAAGCCGGAACGAAGAGCAUCCUCACAUCGGCAAGUACAGGCUGCUCAAGACCAUAGGCAAGGGCAACUUCGCCAAAGUGAAGCUAGCCAGACAUGUCCCCACAGGGAAAGAGGUUGCAAUCAAGAUCAUAGAUAAGACACAGUUGAAUCCUUCCAGCUUGCAAAAGCUUUUCAGGGAAGUCAGAAUAAUGAAGAUGCUCAAUCAUCCCAAUAUUGUCAAACUGUUUGAAGUGAUAGAAACAGAGAAGACGUUAUACCUUGUUAUGGAAUAUGCAAGUGGGGGUGAGGUGUUUGACUACCUAGUAGCCCACGGUAGAAUGAAAGAAAAGGAAGCCAGGGCCAAAUUCAGACAGAUAGUUUCUGCUGUACAGUAUUGUCAUCAAAAACGUGUGGUGCAUAGAGAUCUCAAGGCUGAGAAUCUGCUGCUAGAUGCGGACAUGAACAUCAAGAUUGCCGACUUUGGGUUCAGCAAUGAGUUCACCCCGGGGAACAAGCUGGACACGUUCUGUGGGAGCCCACCCUACGCUGCUCCGGAGCUCUUCCAGGGGAAAAAGUAUGACGGCCCCGAGGUGGACGUCUGGAGCCUGGGCGUCAUUCUCUACACGCUGGUCAGCGGGUCCUUGCCCUUCGAUGGCCAGAACCUGAAGGAAUUGCGGGAACGGGUGCUAAGAGGAAAGUACCGCAUUCCAUUCUACAUGUCCACUGACUGUGAAAACCUGUUGAAAAGGUUUCUGGUCCUAAAUCCAUUGAAGAGAGGGUCAUUAGAACUUGGUUUUUCUUUGCCGCAGGAGGAUAGUGAGGAAAGACCAGGAGGGCACAAGGCCCACUGGUUUAAGAAAAAGGCAAUAAUGCGGGACAGAUGGAUGAAUGUAGGUUAUGAUGAUGAUGACUUGAAGCCAUACCGAGAACCUGACCCCGACUGGAGUGACCCCAAGAGAAUAGAAGAAUCAGUCAAACUCCUUUUAUCAAUGAACUACUCGCGGAAAGAUAUAGAAGACUCUUUGAAGAGCCAGAAGUACGAUGAAAUCAUGGCUACUUACUUACUCUUAGGGUACAAAACUAGUGAGUUGGAAGGCACGGACUCUCGUUCAGGCAGCAGCCUCUCCCUUCAGGCCCCCUCACGACCAUCCAGACCGUCCUCCGACCUCAACACCGCCGCCAAGGACUCCCCCUCCCACGCAACCAAGGUAGUACGGUCCGUCUCCACCAACCAGAAGCAGCGAAGGAUCAGCCAUGGCAAGUCAAGUGGGCGGGAACAGACGAAAAUCCCAACCUCAAAAUCUGCAAACUCAACGUCGUCGUACAGCAAGCGGCACAAUGUGGAGAAUGAUGUGAAGGAGAAUGCAUCUCCGAUGAACAAGAAGUCGAGCAGCGGGGCAGUAGGUGGGAAGGAGUCCCCCAGCGUCACCAACAGGUCCAUCUCCACGCCUGGAAGUAACCCCACCAACAGGAAAAAGUCUGCAACACCUAAGGCUGUGAGGAAGGUGUUGGGAUGGAAGUUACCUGCAGAGUUGACAGACAAGCUGUCCAGUAGGGACUCUGAGAGAGUCAGAAACCCCAACAGUGUGUUGCCACCCAGCAUGACUAGGAGGAACACCUAUGUGUAUGGAGAGAGAGGUGGGAUCAAUGCUGGCGACAGAGCGGGCUCUGGAACUCCAAACAAAGAAAGUAUAAGUAGUGUGCCUCAGCCGGCUAAACCACGGGGGCAUCAGAAGUCUGCCUCGACAUCAGGCCAUCCUGCGGCUAUGGGGCUACCGCCCAUCGACGACGCACUGGCCGGACUGAGGCCUAGCACGGCUCCAGGGAAAAGGCCUCAUCAGCUACCUUCUCCCACCAUCCCGUCGUCACAAACACGCUUUCCCCGCGGCACAGUGAACCGCAGUACGUUCCACGGUGGGACCAGCAUACGAGAGCGCCGCCACGCCACGUACAAUGGUCCGCCAGCCUCCCCAGGCGGCCCCAUGGACACAAAUAGCGUAACAGGGUCUCGUAGAAGUUCCACGUCCUUCUUCAGUAAGCUGUCAUCCAAGUUUAGCAGAAAUCCUUCUUUCCGUGAAAGGUCGGUUGCUGAAGAGACAGACAAGGACAAGCCGCGGUCGCUGCGCUUCACGUGGAGCAUGAAGACCACGAGUUCUAUGGACCCCAACGAGAUGAUGAAGGAAAUUCGCAAGGUCUUGGAUGCCAACCAAGUGGAUUACGAACAGCGGGAGAAGUACCUCCUGUUCUGCGUCUAUGGGGACGCAAGGGACGACAACCUUGUGCAGUGGGAGAUGGAGGUCUGCAAGCUCCCUCGGCUCUCACUCAACGGCGUGCGCUUCAAGCGCAUCUCUGGAACCUCCAUUGGCUUCAAGAACAUUGCUUCUAAAAUAGCAAACGAACUGAAGUUGUAAUGACGUUGCUAGUGUUGACCUUUACUGUGUAGACGCUUCCGACUUCAGUGUUGCGCUGUGUGCCGCAGGGGAAGGGAUGCUGCAGCACUCACCAUCAUGUCUCCUUGUUGUGACCUGUACCAAACAAAGCUGCCAGAAGGGAGGCUUUAAGGUCAGCUAGGGAAGAAACUGUAAGUGCAUGUAACAGGUGGAGGAAAAGGGUUAAAAAAGCAAGGUGGCGAGAGAGAGAUAGGAUAAUUGCUGUGAUGCGACCCAGCGUACUAUACUAGAGAAACAGGCGCUGGAGGUCGUAGUCAUGAAAAUUGGUGUUUUAAGUGUAAUUUUCAGAGCAUGUAGGAAAAUAUUUAACAGAAAAAAACAUAGUUUUGACCUCCGUAAAUCAGGGCAGUAACAAAUCAUGCCAAGUAGAUGGCAGUCCCACUGUUGAUUGUUAGAGUGUUAGGCUAAGAUAAACUGUUGGUCAUGAGAAGCUACAGAUUACAGACCAUAGGAAUCUUAGUUCCAACAUACCAGAUUGUAAAUUGGUAAAAGAAUAAUCUGUACAUUUUCUAUAAGCCACAUUAGAACUGAUGUGUCAGAGAAUCUGCAUAUCUGACAAUGUCUGCAAUAGACGUUAGUAUAACGAGCUCCCGUGUCGAAGGGUUGUUUCCCAUUCGACAUGCGUGCAAGCUGUACCAUAUCCGUGCAACGAGCCCUCUUCUCUACUUGCCAAAAGUAGAAUGAUUCUUGCUCCCAUCCACACAUGCUGUAAGGUAUGCUUGUAAGGUCGCCAUUGCCUGCAUGUAUAUAUGAGAUAUCUGGGAGCCCUGCAGAAGGGCAGUGCAACUAGGAAGGAACCAUCGUCACUACUUCUCCUGUUCUGUCAGCACGCUCUGUAGUUACUAACUAGUAGGGAGUAUAUGCCAGGCUUUGAUUACAAUGUAGAUGUGGUUCCUGUUGUUUUUUUGCUAGCCACGAUGCUGGAGCCAUGCAUUUUUAUUGCCUUCAGAUUCUUUACAUGGCCUUAGAACCUUGUGUUUGUACUGUUUUUAAUUCUAUUUAGCUGUAGUUGGAUUUUUGGAAUUCAGUAUACAAAACAUGUUGCCUAUUUCAAACUGCAAGAAUUGGACUCGAUUUAUGUACAAAAUCUAUUUAUGGGCAAUAAUAAUGUAUAUUUGUAAAACAAGUGUCAUAGACCAGUCUUGAAUUGUGUAAAUGUACAUAUUCUGAUGUUAGCAGCCUGUGUUGCAUCGCUCAGAAUGUCGGAACCCUAGAAUUCUGAAAGGCGGCGUUAAGCCAUGCACACUGCAAUCCAGGUAGUUAUUACAGGCACGUGCACCCCCACCCCUUACCUACUGUACAUGUACAGACCAUUUCAUUUUUGGUUUUCUGGUAAUCCAAUUUUCUGACUCAAAUAAAGGGUUCCCUUUGACCAAGUGAACCUGAGGAAUGGUG